AAAAAGAAACGAAAAGAAAAAAAAAAAAAAAAAAAAUGGGAGACGGUGAAUCGAGCGCAAACGACAGUUGCAGAAGCAGUCCAGUCAGUUUAAUCGAACACAACAAGAUGACGGACACGAUCAACACGAGCAGAGAGAGCUCGCCGCCAUUGUGCGAUUCGGUGAAAGAGGAAGAGAACGCGGCGAGAAGUCGGAGCGCGUCGAGUCCGUGCGGAAACGUCAGCAACAAGCCGUCGGCGCAUCUUUCCUUUUCGAUUGCCCGGCUCAUUAACACAAUGCCAUCGGCCGAUGACAACAACUCGCCGACAUCAUCACCGGCUCCCGAUCACGGGCCGUCGGCAUCACAGCAGGCCUCCACCGUUCAGCCGGCACCCGUUUACCCGAUCCCGAUGUGGGCGCCGACGACGACAUCCGGCCCUACCAACGCAACCACCGCCUCUAGGCCGUCGGCAUUUGCAUCGCAAAUGAUGGCCGGCUAUUUGCCUUCACAGCCAUUGGCCGAUGGCAACGGCAGCAGUAGUUUGAAUCAAAUGUUGCGCAACGUUUUGAUGCAUCAGCCGACGGACGCGUUGGCCACGCUGAUGCGCCACUACCAGCAACAGUUUUACGCGGUCGGACAUCCGUUGCCGUUUGCGACCCACCCCGUUGGUCCAUUGGCACCCCCUUUGAAUCUGAGCGCCGGCAAUGCGAGUGGCACAUCAUCAUCGGCUGCCAAUCUGCAAAAGGUAGAAAUCUUGCGGUCAGCCGCGUCGGCCUCGCUUCACCAUCACCAACGGUCGACGCCUCUUUUGGCACCUCAUCGUAACCUUCACGAUUUCUGGUUUCACCCGGGUUUCGUUCAGCAACAACACGGUCCGUCUGCGCCGUUCAAAUCGGCCUUCGUCAAACCCACCGUUAGGCCUAACCAGCAGCAGCAGCAGCAACAACAACAACAACAACAACAACAGUAUGGUACCUCGGUUGGUCAGAGCACGAAAUCGGCGAGUGCGACGUCGCAACAACACCACUCGUCUGCCGAGUCCGCCGUCAAACGGAAGAAAGUGGAAGAGGAAGACGAGGAUGAGGACGAAGAUGAGGAAGUGAUGAUUGGCGACGACGUCGAUGACGACGACGAAGAGGACGACGAGUUGGACGAAGACGAUUUAGAAGACGACGAGGACGAAGACGAGGACGAGGACGAGGAAGAAGAAGAGGACGAAGAGAGUCACGUGAGCAGCAGCGGCGCCCCGGUCGGUUCGGACGACCCGAGUCCCGUUCGGGUCGAUCACCGACGUCGGCGUCACAACAACAACAACGCCAUCAAAAACAAAGGCGCCAAAAAGAAGAACAAAAUCGACUCGUCGUCGUCGACGAGGACGACAUCGACGACGACGACGGCGACGACGCCCAACGCGUUGGCCGACAACGGCGAUCAGCCGACGUCGCCGGCCGAUUCUUCGGCCGGCACGAUCAACGGAUCGUCCGGCAACAACAACAACAACAAAGGCCGAGUUUUUACGUGUCCCGACUGCGGGAAAAUCUUCAACGCUCACUACAACCUGACGCGUCACAUGCCGGUGCACACGGGCGCCCGUCCGUUCGUCUGCAAAGUCUGCGGCAAAGGGUUCCGUCAGGCGUCGACGCUGUGCCGCCACAAGAUCAUCCACACGGCCGAGAAGCCGCACAAGUGCUCGACGUGCGGCAAAGCCUUCAACCGCUCGUCGACGCUCAACACGCACGUCCGCAUCCACGCCGGAUUCAAGCCGUUCGUCUGCGAGCACUGCGGCAAAGGAUUCCACCAGAAGGGCAACUACAAGAACCACAAACUGACGCACAGCGUCGAAAAGGCCUACAAGUGCGUCGUCUGCAACAAGGCCUUCCACCAGGUCUACAACCUCACCUUCCACAUGCACACGCACAACGACAAGAAACCCUUUACGUGCCGCAUUUGUGGGAAAGGAUUUUGCCGCAACUUCGACCUGAAGAAACACACGCGCAAACUGCACGACGCCCAUCAGCAGCAGACGCCGUCGUCGUCAUCGUCUGCCAUGGCGGGGUCGGCCAACGGGGCCGUUACGGCGGCCAACAUGAAUUCGUCUUUCAGCUCCAACGACGGCGAAAGGAGCAGCCUGGGCAGCAGCAACGGCGCCAGUCCCGUCCACCACAACCCGCAGCCGCGUUCCGUCGUCAAGACGUCGCCAUCGGUGGUCGAGUCCGUCAUGCCGUCGCAUCAAUCGAACGCCAAUCGGAUGGCUAGAGUCAGCGGGGUAGCCAACAAAACGGCCGCUAAUCAUAAAAAUAAGCUUCACCAUCCGUCGGAGGCCAUGACUCCGUUGGCCGCAUCGCUUCGCAGUCUUCACCAACAUCUUUACCAUCACUCGACGCCGGCGAUGCCUCCACUGUCUUUAGCCACACCCUACCACCACCACCAUCACCACCACCAGACGCAUCUAAUGUCGACUGGAGGAUCGGUGGGAAGCUCGUCGGCAUCGUCCAAUCGCACCCCGACCGGAGGAGCUCCAUCGGCGACGGCUCCAUCCCGUUUGUUUCAAAUCUCUUCGCUGUUAUGACCACCAUUUUAUUGACUGUUUUAAAUUUUUUU